CCUUGAUCAUGACCAGCACUCGGUCGGGUUUCUUCAAGUUCUCAAAGGCGCCCAAGCAAAGCAGCGAAUCUCGUGUUGAGCGCUGCUCUCAAUUCAAAGACCGAAAAUAUGGACCCGAUAUCAGCCUUUUCGUUGGCAGUCAACGUGCUCUCUACGGUUGACAUUGCUGUCAAAACUGGAAAAACACUUUGGGACCUGUACAAGUCGACUUCGGGUUUCACCAAACAAACAGACAAACUGCUCCUUGCCAUGAGUCAGUUCGAUGCUGCACUUGGCCAGCUUGCCAACCCCAGGCUCGACGCGUCCGCGAGAUUAGCAUCGGAGCGGUGUUCUGCAACGAUCAAGGAAAUAAGAGCCAUGCUCGACCUGUGCAAAGCUCGCAAGCCAUCUUCGGUUGCCAGUGCCCUGCAAGCCAAAGCCCAAUACACAAAGCACAAGUCGGAGCUUCAGGAUCUGCAGAAAGAGCUGGAAUCGGCAACGGGCCAACUGAGAACCGCACUUGCAAUUACCACCAAUAACGAUGUUUCAGUAAUAAAACAGCUGCUCGCAGCCUCCGAGCAACGUAGCCCACAGUUGAUAACAAAACUGGAAGCCAUCAGUCAGAAGCUCGAUCCACUAGAAGAGCUUACUAGGCUAAUUAACAAGUCGGACCUGCAAACAGUCAAGGAUGCGCUGUCAUUAGAGCUUGCAAAGCUCACCGAGAAGUUGGACCUAUUGCAGAUGAUCAAAGACGCAAUAUAUUUGUCCGAGGCCUCGUUGGAGUCGAUGAAUCAGGCGACUAUUUUGGGCGCCCUGAGGCCGGCUACUGCUGAUAAGCGUUUCGAAGAGAUUGCCGAUCCAGCAUGUACCACAUUCUCCUGGAUGCUUGGGCGGCCGUCGGGGGUGGAGAGUGGCGAUAGUUCGCCAGACAUCGAGGAUCCCGCCAGGGUUAACGCCUCCCGAGAGUUUCUCUACUGGUUAAGAUCGGGUUCGGGUAUUUACCACAUUGCAGGCAAACCUGGAGCUGGCAAGUCAACUCUGAUGAAGUACUUGGCCACACAUUCUACAACCCAACAGUGUCUUGAGUCUUGGGCCGCCUCAGGCCCGUCACCAAAGCAACUCAUUUGCUCGCGUUUCUUUUUUUGGAAGAUCGGAACAGCAGAGCAAAAGACUACACGCGGGCUCUUGAGAGGAAUAAUAUACGACAUACUCAGGGGCAAUUCUGAGCUUACCAGUAUACUCUUUCCGGAUCAUUGGGCUCCAAGGAGGUACGCUGCAAUGUCGCUAGCGAAAUCUCCGAUACCAACCAUAUCAGAUACCCAGAUCAACAACGCCGUCAAUAGGCUGUUGACAGCUGAAGAGAUAUCUGCUCGGUUCAAGAUCUGUCUUUUCAUUGACGGGCUCGAUGAGUUUGACGAGCCUAGCCAGUCUCUCUGGGCUUUCUGUGACAGGCUAGGCAGCUGGGCAAAACACAGGAACGUGAAGCUUUGUGUUUCAAGCCGAGAAGAAACUCCGAUACUUGGAGCUUUGCAUUGUGCGCAUCGCAUUACACUCCACCAUCUCACUGAUGCUGACAUCGGCGCGCUGGUACAUGAAAGGCUCAGUUCCAACCCUUAUUUCCAGCGUGUUGCACUGUCAGACACCGAUGGUCGUCAGGAUAAGACAACUCGGCUGAUCAUCGACAACGCCAAAGGUGUCUUCUUGUGGGUUGUGUUCUUACUGAAGCUUAUAGAGGAAGAACUCCCGAACCAGCGGAGUACAUCAUUCCACACGAUCCACCGGCUUAUCGAAACAGCACCAGACGAACUCAAUGAGUUUUUCCGGAGGAUCUUCAAGACUAUUCCCAAGCAUCAUGCCAGAGGAGCGCACUUCGUACUGGCGAUGAUGUUACGACUUCGUGGCUACUGCAUUGCCGGGGAUUAUUCGAACAACUUUUCACCAGCCAAAAACGUGACCACGUCCCAAGCACUCACAUUGUUCGGUCUCUCUUACAUAUUCGACUCGUUUGAUAACUGCCAACACAACUAUGAGGAUAGGCCUUUUCUCUUUCCGGUUCCUCUUUGCUCCAACGAGCACGAUUACAGGAAACGAGAAAUACAGACGGCCGAGAGGUUGCAAAGUUGGUGCAAAGGCCUGAUCGAGGUCAGGACCUUGAACUCGGACCGGAAACACGCGGCGGAUUUCACGCACCGCUCAGUAUCCGACUUUUUGUGCACCGAGCUGCGAGAUUUGGCGCCCAAUUGGAAAAUUGACGACGAUUGGGUAGCGGAAGGGAUCCUGACUACGUACUUGGCCGAGUUCAAAGCCUUGAGUUUCACACAAACAAAUUUUACACCGCGAAAACAACUCGAUGCGAGGGCUGCGCAGGAGCGGCGGUUGCCGGCCAUGAUAGAAUGUCUGGCAAAGACAGGUUUUGCCAUGACUGCCCCGCCAGCUUCAUGGGUAUUUACCUUGUUGGACGAGAUUGACGCUUUCCGGCAAUAUUCCGUGGCCACCGACUCUUCUACCGCGGAGCCGCCCAAAGAUUGGUUUGUGAUCAUGCGCGGGGAUGGCUUUCAAAUUUGCCACCCGGAGAAUCAGCCAGGCUCUCUAUUUGCCAUUGCAACGGACAUGGCUGCGCCGAUGCUGAACUAUGUGAUGUGGAGGUUACAGGACCCCCGUCUCUUGGGCGACGAUUCUCACAAGUUGCUGACCCUCGCGAGCAUCGUGAGUGGUACGCGCAAGCAAUUCAAGAGCCAGCAAUUCAUGGACGUCUCCCCCAUUUUAAGAGCUUUGUUGGAGCGCGGUUUAUCCCCAAACGUUGGUUAUCCGCAAAUUGGAACAAGAGAAGUUCCAUGGUUCAGUGUAACUGAGUGGCGCGAAUCUUUGACUGCUAAUCGGCAAGAUGGUAUGGCGAUCGGGAGCAAAUCCCCUUGGAGGGAUACGCUUAGUAUCUUCAUCUUUCUCUUUGCUUUUUCGUAUAAAGGCGCCGUUCCUGUCUCGAUAUGGAAUGAGCUCCAAGUCUGGCUUGAGUUUGGCGCCGAGGUUCCUGCGGAGGUAUUGGUGAUUCCCUUGGCUACGUCGCAAUAUUGGGCGGCUGUCGGGUUCAGAUACCCGACAGAGAGAGCAGAGAUUGCCGUCUGGGAUUGCGAAGAUCUCAAAAUGCCCCGAAAAGAAUGGCUCAUGGGUUACUUUGGGACUAUCAAGAGCACCACUUUGAGCAGCAUGAUCCGAUGGCACCAGCCUCAUAACAUGCAUACUCUGUCGGGGUAUACCGAUCCGAUGGGCAUGGUGGCUAGUGAUUCACAGGAGUGGAAGCCCCCUUUCCAUCAGACCGCACCGACUUUCAUUAUGCACGACCGGAACCAGCACUUAUGCCCGGUAUACCCAUUCCACUGGAUAUAUGGUCUCGUUUGGGAACAACAUUUGCGUCAGUGGGUCCGCGGGGAUCCUUCCCCUCUUUGGGACUGGACUUCUGGGCAGUGGGUAGCUUACAUGACACCAAGGCGACAUAAUGCUGUCGGGGAAGGAGCCGUGAGUUUGACGAUGCGGGCAGGGAGAUAAAGGCCGUGGACCGGCCCUCAGUGAGAACAGAAAGAGCACACCUGCUGACUUCAACAUGAAUUGAUCCAAGCAACUGGCACACGUAGGAUGGAUGGCUGGGGAUUUGGUCACCGUGGAAUUUUUGGAUUUCACAAGCCGCUGGAAGUUGAGCCAUAAGAAUCCUUGUACAUAGCCACGAUUGGAUUUUACUUUUUCAGUUCUAUAUAAUUCUCUAUACCAAGCUUAUAUCCAAC